GGGCUGCACGCAUGCGCGAGCUCGGCGUUUAUCACAGCAGUUUAACACGUUUGUAUGAUAUGCUCGCUACUGAUUUUGCAACAGAAAUGGUUGUAUGCGAUCGUGAAACAGCAAAUUACGUCAUGCAGUCCGUGCGCUGCUGCCUUUACUAGUGCGGAAAUCGGGAAAUUGCCGUCGCCCAAACUUUCCAGCUACCUAACUCUUUCAGCCUACUACUUUCUUAAUUGUCGACCACAUUUAUCACAGUAAUUAAUCACAUACGUCGCCUACGUUCAUCAUCUACUCUACUACGCAAUGGCAAGGACAAAACCACGGCCUAAGGUCACCGGUAAAGCCGGCCGGGGUGGUCCUGAUGGCAAGACAGUUACUGGCGGCAAGCCGGCUCAGAAGGCCCUUGCUAGUAAGGCUAGACGUCAAGUAGCAGGAAAGUCUACGCGAAAGGCACCUGUAGCUGUUAAGAAGAAGCGCAAGUUUAAGGCCGGCACUGUCGCAUUACGGGAAAUCAAGAGAUACCAGAGAGGUUUUGAACUACUCUUGCGAAAACUCCCCUUUUCCCGCGUAGUGCGCGAAUUUGCACAGGUGCACAAGGCCGAUAUCCGCUUUCAACGAUCUGCAAUCGAAGCUCUUCAGGAAGCUACAGAAGCUUUCUUAGUUGGUUAUUUUGAGGACUGCAACAUCAAUGCUAUUCACGCAAAGAGGGUUACUAUUCAAGAGAAGGAUUCUCAAUUGGCUAGGCGCUACUUUGCGCGCGAGUUACUAGCUUUUCUCUAGAUUAUAAGAUAUAUCUAGAUACACGUGCUUAAAUGCUAGCUGGCGAAGCCUCUGUAUAUUAUAAAUGAAACUAGUUAAUGCUACACUG